UCCAGGAAACCCUGUCAAAAACAUGAACUGUGUAGAUCUGAUUCAUACUCUCCACCUCGGCUUCUAAUUAGUUAUCGGCCACUUAGCGAUGACUGGAAAAGAUGUAAAACAUCUGCUGGGGAGAAAAGGUGAACACAGGACGGUCGUUAUUAUCCAAACUAAUGUGGGGAUGUACUCUUACAUGUUGACAACGGCCAAAUAUUCAUAACGCAAAAAAAAAUUCUAUACCUCCUGCUUUUUUAAAUUAGAUCUGACUUUAAAGGCAGUCAACUGUAGAAGCAGAAAACUCAAAAACAUUCUCACUGACUAAAUGUACUCAUUAUUUUUAUUAAAGUAUUCACUAUUAAAGAAUUUUUCUCCUUUGGAUCAGUAUGGAAAGAGAAAAUAGGCUAGUGGAAAAUUCUUUUAGUCCCUCUUUUUAUGCUUGUUUUUCCCAAAUUAUGCACACUCCUUCACCCUUCCAUCUUUUCAUUUGUCCAUUUUAAGUUGUAAGUAGCAUACUGCGCAUGUGUGAGAUGUAAGGAGUGGGAGGCGGGGCUAGAUCUGGGGUCCUUGGGGGUUUGUGUGUGGGGAGUGCGGAACGCAAGUUGUUAACGGUUAAUGGCGACCAUUAAAGUGUGGAUGCUAACGUCAGCAGUGUGAUUAUUGUUUCAACAUUAGUAGCAGAGGAUGGCCGCUGCUGGAAAUUACAAAGUUCCCCCACCGUUCGACGAGAAGACGUCUUACGAAAGUUGGAAAAAUGAAAUUGAAAUCUGGAGACUUGUUACCGACUUGGACAAAAAGAAGCAGGCCCUAGCGGUUACCCUGUCGCUAUCAGGAAGAGCGAGAGAAAGCGCGCUGGAAAUCGCUGCGGAACAUCUCAACGACGAUACAGGAAUGAGCGUUCUUUUAAACAAGUUGGAUUCAGUGUUUUUAAAAGAAGAAAAGGAUCGACAGUACGAAGCUUACACGGAGUUUGAUCGGAUCGACAGACGUGGCGACACGUCCACGAUGGAUUACAUUAUCGAAUUUGAACGACGGUACAACAAGUUACGUAAGUUCAAAAUGGAACUACCGGAUGCAGUGUUAGCAUUCAAGCUAUUAGACACCGCGGGGCUAAACGUUAAAGACGAACAGCUAGCUCUUACCGCCUGUUCCACUGUAUCUUUUGACAACAUGAAAUCGGCUUUGAAAAGAAUAUUAGGUGAUAAUGUCUAUCCUCCACAAGAGGGCGACUCAGCCUUUUUCACCAAAUACACAGGCAAAUGUGAACGGAGUUCUAACUCAGAGCAAAGCCCAAGAACAGCUGCAGGGACUAAUCCACUCGACAAGUAUGGGAGAAGAACUAAAUGUGCAAUAUGUCAGAGCACUUAUCACUGGGCAAAAGACUGUCCCAAUAAAAGAGAACAUGUGAAGCUAACAAAUGUUGAGGGAUCAAAAGACAAUGUUGAAGACUGUAAUAUUACUCUGUUUUCAGACGAAUUCCCAUCUGACACACAGAUAUUCAUGGUAGAAGCUUUGGGAUCUGCUGUGAUUGACACUGCCUGUACAAGAACUGUGUGUGGUGAAAAAUGGCUUGCAGAUUAUGUAAGUGGGCUGCCUCAGAGAGAAUUAAUAAAGAUUAAAGAUGAAAAGAGUGCAAGACCUUUCCGGUUUGGGGAUGGAAAACUGGUGCAAUCCACAAGAAAGGUGUCUAUUCCUGCAACAAUAGGAAAAACUAAAUGCAACAUUGAGACAGAAGUAGUUCCAGCAGAUAUACCGAUGCUUUUGAGCAAAACAUCACUGAAGAGAGCGAGUGCUGUUUUAGACAUUGCUCAAGACAAAGCAAUGAUGUUUGACCAACCUGUAAAACUUGAACUGACAUCUUCUGGACAUUAUUGUGUAAACUUAAGAAAGGAAAAGAUCAAUAAUAAAAACCAGUUUAAACAAAGUGAGACACCAAAUGAUGAAGAUGAAAUUCUCACUGUGACAGAAAACAUGACAACCAAAGAAAAAAAAACAGUACUGCUAAAGCUACAUAAACAAUUUGGACAUGCCUCAGUUGACAGACUACAAAAGCUCUUGUCUUGCUCAGGCAACACCGAUGAUGAAAGCAUUACAAUCCUGAAGGAAAUUGUAAAAAACUGUGAAAUAUGCAUCCGGUACAGUAGAGCAAAACCUAAACCUGCAGUGGGUUUACCCAUGGCUUCAACGUAUAAUGAAACUGUAGCUGUGGACCUACAUGAGCUUGAGCCAGGUUUGUGGUAUCUACAUGCCAUCGACCAUUUUACAAGAUUCAGUGCAGGGAGUAUUAUCACCACAAAAAGACCAAAAGAGAUAGUGAAGCACUUUAUUCACUGCUGGAUAAGCGUUCAUGGCCCACCACGCAGAUUAUUCACUGAUAAUGGAGGUGAAUUUAACAAUGAAGAAAUAAGAGACAUGGCUGAACAUUUUAACAUUGAGGUUAAAGCCACUGCUGGAUACAGUCCAUGGGGCAACGGCCUACUGGAAAGACACAAUCAGAUUCUCACUGAAAUGCUACUCAAGGUAAAGAGAGACAACAAAUGUGACUGGAAAAUGGCUCUGGACUGGGCUUUGAUGGCAAAAAACAGCAUGCACAAUGUACAUGGCUACAGUCCCUAUCAACUUGUUUUUGGUCAAAAUCCAAACCUGCCUUCAGUUCUAAUUGAUAGACCUCCAGCAUUGGAAACUGAUGUCAACACAUGGAUGGGUCAUCACACUGCAACACUGCAUGGCAUGAGAAAAGCCUUUGCUGAGGCUGAAUGUUCUGAGAGGAUCCGAAGAGCCCUCAGAAAACAGCUGCGACCCACAGAUGACAAAUAUGAAACAGGAGACAAAGUCUAUUAUAAAUGUACAGACUGUCAGGAGUGGAAAGGGCCAGGUGUGGUUAUUGGCCAAGAUAGUGUAGUAAUAUUUGUCAGGCAUGGUGGAACGUAUGUCAGAGUACACCAGUCUAAACUAAAAAAAAUGAAUGAGACACAAAAGAAACUAGGGGAAAGCGAAAGUGAAAAUCCAUUUAAAACGGAUGACCACCUUUCAAAGACACCAGCGGCGGUACUUGAUGAAGAACAUGACUUUGAAAGUGAACAUGAGAAGGAGAUGGCACCAACAAGCAAUGAAUCACUUGGUGUUGCAGAAAACAGUGAAUCCUUCUGUGAUCCAGUACAACCUGAAGGGGAUGGUCUCCCACUGACACACACAACUGUAAGUGAAGGAAUAAAACUAAAAGCUGGACAAGGAAUUAAAUACACAGACAAAGAAACAGGUCAAAAAUAUGCUGGACAGAUAACAAGCCGUGCAGGGAAAACCAGUGGGAAACACAAAAACUGGUACAACUUAGAAUAUACUGAGCCAGAGGAAAUUGCUGGAUCCACAGGAUCCAUUGAUAUGGGACAAGUAAGCAACCUCGAAGUGGUUGAAAAUGUCAAGGCCAAUACUGACAACAGAGAUGAUAUAUUAGUAGUGAACGAGGAUAUCUUCUCACACGCUAAACAAACUGAACUUGAGAACUGGAAAAGAAACAAUGCAUUUGUGGAGGAAAAAGAUGAAGGUCAGAAAUGCAUAUCAACAAGGUGGGUGUGCACACUCAAGAAAACACAAGUAGACAUAGUACCCAAAGCUAGACUGGUUGCAAGAGGCUUUGAAGAAAUUAACAUUCAAGAACUUCCUAAGGAUUCACCCACUUGCUCCUCUGAAUCUCUAAAGAUGGUCAUAGCUGUUAUAUGCCAAAAUAAAUGGAAGCUGAACUCUAUGGACAUCAAAGCAGCCUUUUUGCAAGGUAAAGAUUUAACACGGGAUGUGUAUCUCCGUCCACCUCAAGAGGCAGAGAGCGAAGGAAUCGUAUGGAAGUUAAAUAAAUGUGUCUAUGGCUUGGCAGAUGCUUCCUUGUUCUGGUACAACAAGGUGAAAGAAACCAUGCAGAAGCUGGGAGGAACUGUGUCAAAAGUUGAUCCAGCUGUCUUCUACUGGCAAGAUGAUUUCUGUAAGGUGACAGGAGUUCUUGCAUGCCAUGUAGAUGACUUUGUAUGGGGUGGUUCAGACAGGUUUUCUUCAGCUAUUAUCCCCCAACUGAAAACUGCUUUUCAAGUUGGAAGAGAAGAACAUAACAGCUUCAACUACAUUGGAAUGGAGGUUCAUUCUCUGCAGAAUGAAAUCAGAGUACAACAGCGUGCAUACAUUAAAAACCUACAGCCCAUUCCUAUGGAUCCCAUCAGAGCACCACAGCGGGAGGCUCCAUUAACAGACACAGAAAUGGACAUGUUAAAAUCCAAGAUUGGACAGAUUCUGUGGGAGCAAGACAGAGCAGACCUGACAUCAUGUGUGACAUAUCUAUCCUGGCAUCAAACACAAAACAUGGUACAAUUCAAACAUUACACUCUGCAAACAAACUGAUCAGAAAACUUAAAUCUGAGGAAGUUACCCUUAGAUUCCAAUGCUUAGGAGACAGAAAAUACCACAAGCUAGUGGUGUUCAGCGAUUCCUCAAUGGGAAACCUCUCAGAUGGAGGGACACAAGGAGGACAUUUUGUCAUGCUGAUGGGAGAAGAUGGAAAAUUUUCACCCAUAUGCUGGCAAUCCAGACGGAUUAGGAGAGUGAGCUCAUGGUUGGUGAUGGCACGCGCAACAUCCUACCCAUUACCUGUGUAACGGACAACCAUUCCCUCCUUGAUGCUGUCAAAUCCACAAAAUGUGUAACUGAAAAGAGACGCCGGCUUGAGAUCAGCAGCAUCAAAGAACUUAUGGGUUCUGGGACAAUUCAGAAAAUCAUAUGGACACCUACCAAAGACCAAUUUGCCAACUGCUUAACAAAAGUGGGGGCGUCUGCUCUUGGACUGCUGAGAGCCCUAAGUAAAGGGAAAUGGCAAUUUAAAGAUUAAA